GUGUGCAUGAAGGAAGGAAAAGAACUUUACUGUGAUGCUGGUUACACCUGCUGUAAUCAAGGAAACGGAAAAUGUUGCGGACCAGACUUUGUUUGUGGCAUUGACGGAGCCUGCAUUGCUUUGGCGUACUUGAUUUUUCCUCCGAUCAUUACUGUCUUUGUACUCCUCAUCAUACUCUGCUUCUGUUGUUACUGUUGCCGCAAGGAUAAAGAUAAGAAACAAGCCUUAGACAACGAGUACCCUUUCGCCAUGAACGCCUAUCCACCUUCCCACAAUGUGCCUCCCACCGGGGUACCCCUCAGUAUGAUCUCGAAACUGAACAAGAAAACCCCCGUUACCCCCAAACCAACAAAACCGGUCAACAAAGCUGAGCAGUUCCUAGGACCCUCUCCAAAGUACCGAGACGAUAGCGAUCUUCCCAAUUCACCAGCACCACCGUACUUACAGCCUCAAGGGAAAAGCAAAGGGCGCCACAAGGACAUUUAUUGAAAUGUGUUGCAUAAUGA